GAGAUCUCCUCCGAGUCUCAUAGCCUUAGCCCUGACUUUUAGGUCCAAUUAGGGUUUUGAUUUCGAAGCUCAAAAUUUGAACAGCAAGCUCGAAACUUUUAAGCUCAAGCCCAUUACCUUUGUCUUUGCAGAAAUUCUAAUUUCCUUUUGUAAUUUUUGGGAAAUUAACAAAAAAGGUAUAAUUCUGGAUUGUUUUAGCCAGCGAUUCCUUGGUCGCUUGUUUGAUUUAGUCCACCAAGAACUAUUAAUCCAGUUAACGUUUUCUAUGUUGAAUGGAAGUGAGCUGAUUACUGCUAUUUUAGGCGAUCCAGUUUGGGAGAUUCUUUAAAGAUUUAAAUCUCCAUGGCCCUCAGGAUUGGGAGCUGAGGAGUUUCAGAGACAGAUGGCAGAAGCCCCCCGUGGCAUUGAACAGGUACCUGAUAAUGAGUUGAUUGAGCAUCAGAAAGUAAAGGAUGGUGAGAUAUCUGAGUUGCAUGGUGAAAAUGGCAUGCCUGAAGAAAGGAAAGAAUUUGUUCCGCCUGCCGUUGGAAUGGAGUUUGAGUCUUAUGAUGAUGCUUAUAAUUAUUAUAAUUGCUAUGCUAAGGAGGUGGGUUUUCGUGUUAGAGUUAAGAAUUCUUGGUUCAAGCGGAACAGUAGAGAGAAGUAUGGUGCAGUGCUUUGCUGCAGUAGCCAGGGUUUCAAAAGAAUUAAAGAUGUAAAUCGUUUAAGAAAGGAAACACGAACUGGUUGUCCUGCAAUGAUAAGGAUGAGGUUGGUGGACUCCAAAAGGUGGAGAGUGCUGGAGGUUACACUUGAACACAACCACCUUUUAGGUGCUAAGAUAUACAAAUCAAUUAAAAAGAUGGGAACUGGAAACAAAAGGAAGUCACAGCCAAGUUCAGAUGCAGAAGUGCGAACCAUUAAGUUGUACCGAGCACUUGUAAUAGAUGCAGGGGGUACUGGGAACUCAAGCCCAAAUGCAAGAGAAAUCAGGAAUGAACUUCCGAAUCAACUGAAUCUUAAGAAGGGUGAUGCACAGGCUAUUUAUAACUACCUUUGUCGUAUGCAGUUGACUAAUCCAAACUUCUUUUAUUUGAUGGAUCUUAAUGAUGAAGGGCAUUUGAGAAAUGUGUUCUGGAUUGAUGCUAGGUCAAGGGCUGCAUGUGGCUACUUCAAUGAUGUCAUUUACUUUGACAACACAUAUUUGUCCAGCAAAUAUGAGAUACCACUUGUGGCAUUUGUUGGAAUAAAUCACCACGGUCAUUCUGUUUUACUGGGAUGUGGCUUACUUGCAGGUGAGACAACAGAGUCUUACAUUUGGUUGUUCAAAACAUGGCUUACAUGUCUAUCAGGGUGUGCUCCUCAAACAAUUAUUACGGACAGGUGUAAGGUUUUGCAGGGUGCAAUUGCAGAAGCAUUUCCAAGAUCUCAUCAUUGUUUUGGUUUGUCACACAUCAUGAGAAGAGUUCCAGAAAAAUUGGGAGGAUUGCUCAACUAUGACGCAAUCAGAAAAGCCUUGAUUAAAGCAGUUUAUGAGACUUUGAAAGUGAUUGAAUUUGAAGCAGCUUGGGGAUUUAUGGUCCAGCGAUUUGGAGUUGUUGAUCAUGAAUGGCUUCGAUCACUGUAUGAAGAUCGAGUUCGAUGGGCUCCUGUUUAUUUAAAAGACACAUUCUUUGCUGGAAUGUCUGCUGCCCUCCCAGGUGAGGCAUUGAACCCAUUUUUUGAUAGAUACGUGCACAAACAAACUCCUUUGAAGGAAUUUCUUGACAAGUAUGAACUAGCCUUACAAAAAAAGCAUAAAGAAGAAACUAAUGCAGAUAUUGAGUCUAGAAGCUCUGGCCCCAUGUUAAAGACCAGAUGUUCUUUUGAGUUGCAGCUAUCAAAACUGUACACUAGGGAGAUAUUUAAGAAGUUUCAAUUUGAGGUAGAAGAAAUGUAUUCUUGUUUUAGCACAACACAGAUACAUGUUGAUGGACCAAUAAUAAUAUUUUUGGUUAAGGAGCGUGUUAUGUGUGAAGGAAAUAGGAGGGAAAUUAGAGAUUAUGAAGUCCUGUAUAAUAGAAGUGCUGGAGAGGUUCGAUGCAUUUGCAGCUGCUUCAACUUCUACGGUUAUUUAUGCCGCCAUGCCUUGUGUGUGCUCAACUUCAAUGGAGUAGAGGAGAUACCUUCCAAGUAUAUACUGUCGCGGUGGAAGAAAGAUUACAAGCGCUUAUAUAUUCCAGAUCAUGGGUCUAAUAGAGUUGAUGCUACUGAUAGAGUUCAGUGGUUUAAUCAGUUGCAUAAAAGUGCUCUGCAAGUUGUGGAGGAGGGGGUGAUUUCUCUUGACCAUUAUGGUGUUGCACUGCAAGCAUUUGAAGAAUCACUGAACAGAGUUCACGAGGUAGAAGAAAAGCAAAAUUAGAUAUUACCGUGUAAAGGAGCCUGAUUUAUUGUAAAUAUAAUUGCUGUAUCUUUUAUCCCCUUUUUUUAAGCCAAAAUGAAAUUUACGGUUGUUAACAAA